UGGGGCUGCGUCGGCGUCAGGGGCCGGGGAGGCCUCGCCCUGCGGUGCGGGGUCUGCUCCGUCUGGCCUCCGCGGGCGGCGGAGGCGGCACCGCCGGGGCGGGGCGCUCGUGGGGCUGGUGGUGAACGAGAGGCGACCCCUGGGACCACCGCAUCGGUUGGGCUUGGCGGUGCGACAACCCCCAGCACCACUACCUCUGGUCGGCCUCUGUGGGCUUCAGCUCGCCUCUUUCCAUGCCCAAAACACGCCUCACUGUCUGCCACAACAACAGCAACAAAACAACAACAGAAAUCCCGCAAAGCUUCUGUGUUGUUCAUACAGAGAUUUAGGCAACAUUGAGCAUGUGAAUGAACCCAAGGAAACUUGAGUUCCAGUAUGUGGUAUAUUAUGCAGAGCAUUCAGAGUAAAUAUUCUUUGUCGGAGCGCUUGAUCCGGACUAUUGCAGCCAUCCGAUCCUUCCCGCAUGACAACGUCGAAGACCUUAUCAGGAGGGGAGCAGAUGUUAACUGUAUGCACGGUACCCUGAAGCCAUUGCACUGUGCUUGCAUGGUUGCUGACGCCGACUGCAUUGAGCUGCUCUUGGAAAAAGGAGCUGAGGUCAAUGCCCUUGAUGGCUACAACCGAACAGCACUUCACUAUGCAGCGGAAAAGGACGAGACCUGCGUAGAAAUCCUAUUAGAAUAUGGGGCAAAUCCCAAUGCACUGGAUGGCAACAAGGACACACCACUUCAUUGGGCCGCCUUCAAGAACAAUGCUGAAUGUGUCCGAACACUCUUAGAAAGCGGCGCCUUUGUCAAUGCUCUGGAUUACAACGACGACACCCCCCUGAGCUGGGCAGCGAUGAAGGGAAACCUGGAGAGUGUGAGCAUCCUUCUGGAAUACGGGGCAGAGGUCCGGGUGGUCAAUAUGAAGGGGCAGACCCCGAUUUCGAGGUUGGUUGCCCUGCUGGUCAGAGGACUCGGCACUGAGAGAGAAGACUCCUGCUUUGAUCUCCUUCACAGUGCUGUAGGACACUUUGAGUUGCGGAAGAACGGCACGAUGCCGCGCGAAGUCACGCGGGAUCAGCAACUCUGCGAAAAGCUCACCACCCUGUGCUCCGCCCCAGGCACCUUAAAGACGCUGUCGCGCUAUGCUGUGCGCCGCAGCCUGGGAGUCCAGUUCCUGCCAGAUGCAGUGAAGGAGCUGCCUCUGCCAGAAUCUCUGAAAGAGUAUGUGUUGCUUAAAUGACAGCUAAAGCCUUGCAAGGCUCUGUUAAUAGCUCACUUUGGUUGACUUACUGUGCAGCUCCUUUCCUGGUGCUUUCAAUUGACUGUAGCAGUGAUACGAAGUAGUUUUUUGCAGAUCAGUGUGUAACUGCACAUGGGAUACUGGUUCUGACAUUGGCUGGUUGUUUCCCUUAGUUUCUCAUUUUUCCCUUCUUUUCUUCACUGAGAGGCUGGAAGGUGUAAUGCUUGAGAAAGAACCCCCCCCUUGCCUCCUGCAGUUCUUCCCUGAAUUCCUAGAUCUGAUUUCUCCUGAGAAUCUUUUGCACAAAGGGAAGGUGGAGCUACGUACCAGGCUGGAGGAGGAAGUGGUGGGGAAGGCACAAAAGCCGAAUGAUUGGUGACUUUCCUGCUUCUAGCUUUACACGCUUGAGUCAGCAGGCCUGUCUUGCCAUUUCAUUUUCUACUGCAAGGUAAAGUGGCUUGUUGGAAUGGAACAAAGGAGGCCCUCCUUUGUGUGUCUCCUAUCUGCUCAUCAGAUUGGCAGGUGAGGGAGAAUUCUCUCCAAAGUAGUGGAUCAUGUUUUGAUACUUUGGCCAGAUCUUCAUGUACAGCAGAAUGAAAUUCCACAACAAAUCCCAAGGUGGUAGUGGACUGUCUCAUUUCAGACUGUAGGUGGAGAAUAUGAUUUGUGAAUGGCCCUUGGUUGGGAGUCAGGUUGAGGAACCAAACCCCUGCAAGUAGAAAGCAAACACCCUCAGGGCAACAAGUUCUUCAUCAGUCCUUUAUUUGCUGUCCUAAUGUAAAGUAUAAUGUAAAGCAAAGAAGCAUUCAGAAGCAGUGUGCAAGUUCAAACCAACACUCUGAGAUGAUAAUCUUCCUUUCAAUCAUGUUCUCCUGCAUGUUUAGAUCCACCCUUCAUAGGGGAAGGGCUCAGCUGAGCCCCAGAAAGCAGGCCAGUCAGAGUAAAUCACAGUGAGUUUUUUCUUUAAAAAGUCAAGUAGCAAGAUAGGUACAUGUAUGAGAUUUGUACCCUGAAUAAUAUGGAAGUUGGUUGCUGUCUACAUUGUGUGCUCAUGUAUCUUAUUUAUGGCUUUAGAGCUUAGUAAGCAUAUUCUUCAGUCUCCUUGCAUUUUGAAAGUGGGUCUCAGCACCCUGUGUUGAGCCUCAUUGAACUACAGUUCCCAUCAUCCCUGGCCAUGCAUGCUGAGGCUGAUGACUGAGAAUUGUAGUUCAGCAACAUCUGGAGGGACAUAAGCGCCACAUACCUGGUUUAUAGCAUAUUCAGUUAAUUUCUGGUUUGCUGUCACAUUACUCAAUUUCAGCUGUGCUUUACUGUGCUUUCCUUAAUUAGCAACAGAGUGUUCACGGGGUAGGGGGUAUUUUAGUACUUAAAACACUGCUGCAUUAAAAAAAAACCUCUAAAGGUUUCAAGGUGUUUCCAUUAAACACAAGUCCCUUUAGUGUCCAAGCAACAGUAAAAGUUUAUGACUACCUGCAGCUAUGAAUCCUGCAUUUAUUUACACCAAAUUGAUUAGAUGACAGAAGCAACAUCUGAGCCCACGUGCUGUCACAAAUCUCCCAAGGUUUUGGACCAGCUUUUGUUUGCACAGUCCAGUUCUUAAACUCCGAUAGCUGACACCCAGGGUUUUCCCUGAUUGUAAAAUUAUAGGUAUAUUUCAAUUUACACUCUAAAAGGAUAACCUAAUUUCCUUAGAUCAUGGCAAAGGAUAGAUAGCCCAGUGGUACUGUUGCCUGAAGGCCCAGCUCCCUCUACUUUCAGCCAAGGCUUAAAAAUGAAAUGAAAUUUUCUGAGGAUAGGAGAUGCUUCUAGGAUUCCCUUACAUCCCUCAGGAUAUCGCUGUUGGUUGGGUAGGGAGUAUGAACUAAUUCUGAGCAGUGAAUGUAUCCAACUGGGCACCGUUAUUUUCAGGGCAGUGUGGGAUUGCUCUAAUCACUUGGUAAAAUGAACAGUGUCCUGAGCCAUGAGUCGGGUGGUUAAAAGGCUGUUUACUAUAAGGAGAGCCAUAACUUUAUAUGGAGAUGUGGUUCUUUCCAUUCACAGGCAAUCCAGAAACAUUGCUCCAUACUUUUAAGAACAACCGAAAUCAUGUCUUCCUUAUAACAGUAUGUAACUGUGGCGAUGCAGUUGUCAUCCACUCUGGGAACACAUCUCCCCCAUUGAGUUAAGCCUACCUGAGUACAUGCUGGACAGUCAGAAGCCACAUAUUGGGAGGAACAAAUCAUGCCAUGAGCUCAAAAUUCCCUUUGCCCAAGUGUUUGGUUGCUAUGGAGGAAGGUGGUUCAUUAGGUGAGCAAAUAACUUGUGUGGAGUAUUAAAAGUUUGCUAAUUAAAAAUGGUGGUGUAGAAGCAAUUUAUUUUGCAGUGUGUUUUCAUUGUGAGAGUGUUGUACUGCUUGUCUCCUGCUAUUUCCUCUUGCCAUUUCUCCAGCAGAUAGCUGUCAGAUUGCUGCACCACCACGAACCCAGAAGUCGUUCUGGUGUGCACAGUUAUGGCGUAAUACAGCAACUAACAUGGAUUCUAUUUAAUGUGGAGUGGAUUUUGCCAAAGGAAGAGGAUGACAACAUCAAGAACUUCCCUUUUCAGUAAGGAUAAGUACAGGCUUCCUCAACCUCAGCCCUCCAGAUGUUUUUGGCCUACAACUCCCAUUAUCCCUAGCUAGCAAGACCAGUAGUCAGGGAUGCUGGGAACUGUAGUCUCAAAACAUCUGGAGGGCUGAGGCUGAGGAAGCCUGGAUAAGUAGCUGGGAAGAAAUGUAUACAAAGUUCCUGCCUCUGUUUUAAUUUUUUUAACUCUGCUAUUUUUUUUUAAACUGUGUGUCUAACACCACUGGCGGUGAAACGUUUCCCAGCGUUUUAUUGUCAGUUUUGUAAGUUCAUUAGUAGUAAUAAAUGGACGCCAACUGCAAAUAUAAUAGGAGGCUAGCUUGGCAUUUUCAAAGUAAUUCGCUGUUUUCCAGGUGAUUGUUUUUACAUUUUUUACUAGGGAAGAGAAUACAUGCAGACAGCACCAUUCAAUAUGGAAGACAAAACUCCCUCAUGUACAGGUACAUAAUUCUGAGUGCACAUGCAAAAAAGGGGGCGCCGGGUUUAGAUGCAGGGGAAAAGAGAGAAAACACUCAUUCAACAACUGCCUGAGAUACUUAAGACAUAGUUACUAAAAUUUACUUCAGAGGCCUUCCCCCAGUCCUCCCACCAGAUGAAUUGCAAGGCGGCCUUUUCAGUUAAGGCACUGACUCGGAGGACUGCGUGUUGCUGUUGCCUCUACUUUUUGGAACUUGGUAAGAGACACCGGCUGGUGGAAACCUUUUUGUAAUUAUUUCCCACCGUUGCUAUUUCAUAGGGCUACUGUUACUUUAUUAUGUGUGCAUUUUAUUUCCCUCUGUGUGUGUGCUAAAGUGCAGGAAGCCUGGAGGGAGCGAGAUAACCAGGAAUGGAUUUUUGUGUGGAGGAACUGCAAGUUCUGUUCAGCUCUGGCACUGAAUUCCCUUUGGCUGUAUUUUUGCACCAGCUUCUGGGUAGUAGAUUUUGGGAUUGUAGUCAGGAACAAACUAGAAUCUACAAGCCUGAAGUCUGCCUUCCUGUUGUACAGAUGCACUACUGUUUGUAGCUAGCUGGGCCAUCAAGUAACAGGUUGGAGAACAAGCAUAUAGCACUACAACCCCCAGUGUCUGCAGGUAUCUUUGUUCCAUGUGUCUAAGAGCUGCUGUUGCACUUUUGCAUAUUUUUAUGCACUUCUUAAUAAGGGUGGUUUCAAAUGAUGUUCACAGGGGCUGCUUUAAAUCCACGGAGGUGGAAAUUGCCCCAGAUGAGAAGAGAGGUGUAUGUAUUUUGGCAAAUGGAAGAGUUUACAUGCAGUCUAGUUUAGUACUGGUGCCAGCAGUGUUAGAAACUUGGAUAUAUAAGCUAGGCACCAAAUGGCUCCUUUUAAACCAGGGUUGCAGUCACCAAAGUUGCCAUUUUUGGGCCAGGCGGCUCAAAAACUGUAUUUUUCAAGAUGACUUUUUAGUUCCUGAAAUUCAUUCUGAUUGUGCAGAUAAAAUAUAACUGGUAGAAUUCUGCAUGAUGUGAUGCUAGUGUGUGAAACCAGUCAAGGAUCCCUAGGCAUGUACCUCUGGAUGGUGGAGACUUCAGGCACCAUCCUAGCACCCGGGCUUCUUCACUCGGUUGCAGGUGGCUGAUAGCCAGGUGCAAAAUGUGCCUGGCACAUUUUGAAUGCUGGGUGCCAUUUGGCUGCUUGGUCUUUUAAAAUCCCCCAUGCCUGCAGUCCAACCCCCAUUGCAUUGUGCAUGUUACUGAAGAAGGGGAAAAGAUGGUGUUGAAAUGGCAGAUCCAAACAGCAGCCUCUAGAGAAACAGUUCCCAUUUUAUUUUCAGCAUUUGGAAGAGCUUGAAUCUCAAAGCUAUAAUUUACCCCAACUGUGGGUUCUGGGGUAGCUGUCACUGUUCAAAGGAGAGGGCCUGAUAGCAAAAUAAUAUAUUCAGUCCAGUCCAGAUUUCAACAUGAACUUAAG